GUUAAACGCGAAGAGGCAUCAUGCAGCGAACAUGGGCAGCGUUGGGGGCGAGCGGCGCCAUGCUCCUGCUCCUUGCGCUGUUGGUAGUCGACAGAAACUCCUCCUCCUUUGUCCUCCAAGACAUUGAUGCGCCCACCACUCAGGAUCUUGCUUACGUCAACAGGUACAAGAGCAGAGGCGCGUUGAAGCACAACUCGCAGAAGCUGCUUAUGAAGGACAACCAUGUUCUUCGCCAGGAAGUUCGCGUGCUUGAGAAGGAAGUGAACAGCCUUUCUGGAAAGCUCUCUGCUCUCAACCCCAAGUCUGGAGCGAGGCGCCAUCAGAUGCUUCGUUCUCAGGUGCAGAGCUUGGCGGGCAGGCGCGGCCUUCCCCAUGAGCUCGCCACCACGGAUAGCGAUUCUCCAUACUACAGCACCUCGAGAAACGAUCCCAUCUCGACCCAGUCCCUUGAGUCCGCCGCUGGUGACAGCAACUUUGUCUCGAAGCUUGAGCCUGGUGACUAUUGGAAGGACCCAUACGAGCGCCCAUUCUUGCACGCGCCGAUGCCCCAUGACCCCUCAUCUUCCCUUGCUCACACUGUCACUGGAGACUACGCAUCCCCAGCCACGUUUGGCGACAUCUACCAUUCCAAGGAAGCCAUCGAUUGGUGCACUGAGAACUUCCCGUGGUUCGAGGACCGCAUGAAGUGCUUGAGGAAGAUUCAUGCGCAGGGCCCCCUCCUGGGAUAAACUCUUUGAUAGAAGGAGCUCUGAUGUGAUGUUCAACAGAAGUCUUUCAGAGCUGGAACAUUCUAGAGAAUGGAUACGAUGAUGUUCUUUGAACUUGGUUUCUUUGAAAGGACAUGGAACCAUUUGUGGCUAUUAAAACAAGUCUUCCCAUC